AUGACAGCAGAUUACAAGCAUGCUGCUGCAGCAGUGCCAGCUUCUACGACUGGGACCACCAGCCGUUAUCGCGACGAACCCGAUGCCGUCUCCAUGCACACAACUCGAAGCGACUACGAAUAUGACGAUGUUCCUCAAUUGCCGUCCUAUGACGAGAGCGUAUCUGGCGACUCCUCAACCCGACCGAACGAUGCUCACGACUAUGCGGACCCGCCUCCCCUGGACGAAUACCGAGUGAUAGCGCCGCCGGAUAACAACUGGCGUGGACGCAGCAAGGGAGUUUCGCCUACCAAAGCCGUGGGCUCAGAGACCAGUAUACGGAUGGAAGAUCGCUUGCUCGACGCACGAACGUUAGAAGGUUACAUCAGAACCUACCUCAGCCUGCUUCCCCCGAGACCAGUCGUGAGAAUUCAAGGCUGGCAUUGGAAGACGAAGAAGAAGGACAAUAAGAAAGAGCAAGAGCGCGUGUACGAUUUCGAUAUUGUUAUGAGUCUCCAAGCAUACCUGCCGACUUCCCAGCGCGAGGAGGAAGGAUUCUGGGCACGGAAUAUCGCUACCAAUGGAGACAAGCGACAUCGUGGCUCAGUCUUCAAAGUGCGCGCCAAGGGUUACAAGCAGGAUAUCGAGGUCGGCACCGAGGAAGCUCCAGAUCUUAAAGCUUGGUGUGAAGACUUCUGCAACUCGAAGAGCACCCUGAAAGUCUUCCGGCUUUCUCGCAACGUCACCGGGAUGAUCACCAGCGAAAUCAGCGACCGCAUUGUCCCCCUGAUCCGAUCCACCCACUACAGAGGACACAUCGACAUCACCUUCCCCAUAGCCGACAGACACGUCGACAUCUACAACCCACACUGGAUCAACUCCGCCCGUAUCUCCUGGGUCAGAUGGAUCUUCUACCUCACUUUCCUCUGGAUCUUCACCUGGCCCAUUCUCUUCUUCUUGACGAAAUGGUGGACAGUCUGCGACGUCGAGUUCCGCUGGUCAACAUGGGCCGCCGACGGGAUGAAGAAGUUCGCCACGAUCUCGGAAGAAUCUUGGGUGAACCAACACGCAAACUUGAUCCGGAGCCUUGUACUGGAGAAAUUCCACGGCGAUGGCACGGAUAUGCCUGUGAAUGUGGAUGUUGAGGGGAGGAUGAGGAGGGCGAGCGGUGAGGUUCCGCAGACGGGGAACAGGAAUGUUGAUGCGGCUGUGAGCUUUAUUUCGGGGAGUGUCAGUGCGUGGAACACGCUUAAUGGACGGUCGACGCAGAGUGGGUGGGGUGCGGAUUCUUAA